AUGGAAGCUAUUAACAAGUUGCCAAAAUGGAAUAUGCCAUCAAAGGAAGGAAAAAAAACAACAAAUUUAUAUGUAAAUAAUUCUUUAACUCAUAGCAAAGUAGAAUUUAUCCCACAAGAAGGCAAUAAAAUUAAAUGGUAUGCUUGUGGGCCAACUGUAUAUGAUGCAGCUCAUUUAGGUCAUGCAAGAACAUACAUAAGUUUUGAUAUAAUAAGAAGAAUAUUAGUGAAUUAUUUUAAGUAUGAUGUUUUUAUGGUUAUAAACAUAACAGAUAUUGAUGAUAAAAUAAUUAAAAGGAGUGAAGAAGAAAAAAUUGGUUUUAGUGAAUUAGCGAGAAAAUGGGAAUAUGAAUUUUGGGAAGAUAUGAAACGCUUGAAUGUGCUUUUACCAACAGCAAUAACAAGAGUAAGUGAAUAUGUAGAUGAUAUUAUAAAAUAUAUAGAAAAAAUAAUUGAAAAUAAAUAUGCUUAUGUUAGUGAAGGUAGUGUUUAUUUUGAUAUUGAGGAAUUUAAAAAAAAAGAAAAUCAUUUUUAUGCACGAAUGGAACCAUCAUCUGUUAAAGAUGAGAAUAGAAUAUUAGAAGGAGAAGGAGAUUUAGGAAUGAUUUCAAAAAAAAAAAAGAAUUCAUAUGAUUUUGCCUUAUGGAAAUCAUCUAAACCUAACGAACCUUAUUGGGAUUCUCCAUGGGGUAAGGGUAGACCUGGAUGGCAUAUUGAAUGUUCUACAAUGGCUAGUAAUAUUUUAGGAAAAGUUGUAGAUAUUCAUAGUGGUGGUAUUGAUUUAAGAUUUCCUCAUCAUGAUAAUGAAUUAGCACAAAGUGAAGCUUUUUUUGAUCAUAAUCAAUGGGUAAAUUAUUUUUUACAUUCCGGUCAUUUACAUAUUGAAGGUUUAAAAAUGUCUAAAUCGUUAAAAAAUUUUAUUACUAUAAAAAGCAUUUUAUCAAAAUACACAUCCAAUCAAAUUAGAAUUCUCUUUCUUCUUAAUAAGUGGGAUAAUUUUAUGAAUUACAGUCCUAAUGGAGAAAGUAUGAUUCAAUGCAUAGAAAUUGAUAAAUUUUUCAUAAACUUUUUUGCUUUAAUUGAUAUGAAAAUAAAAAAUUUUGAUUUAAAUAAUAGUAAUCUAUAUUGGAAUAACGUAGAUACAGAACUAAACAAUUUAUUUAGAUUAACUAAGAACAAAAUUCAUGAGUAUUUACUCGAUAAUUUUAACACCCCAGAUGCUAUAUUAGCAAUUCAAAAAUUAAUAACAGAAAUUAAUGUUUAUUUAAAAAAUGAAAAAACUCAAAUUGGACUAUUACUAGAAAUGAAGCACUAUAUUAACUUUAUUCUUACUACAUUUGGUUUAGUUUAUGAUGAUUCUCAAAAAGCCAAAUAUGAAAAAUUUGAUCAACUUUUGCAAACAUUGGGUUCUUAUAGAAGAAAUAUUAGAAUAAAUUUACAAAGUAAUGCAAAAUCAAUUAGAAAAAUUUUAAAGGAAAAAAAUACAAAAAAGGAAUCAGAUAAAAAUGAUACUGAAAAUGAACAUUUAUACACUGAUUUUAUAAACACUGUUAAGUCUAAUAAUGAAAAUAUGUUAAAGGAAUGUGAUUUAUUAAGAGAUCAACAUCUAUUGAAAAUGGGAAUUUUAAUUGAUGAUAGACCCGAUAAUGAAUUUGUCAUCAAGCUUUUAGAUGAUAAUGAAUUACAGCAAGAAAUAAAUAAAAGAAAUCAAGAAAUGAAUAAAAAAAAAAUAAAUGAACAAAAAAAAAAUAAUAAAAAUGAAAAAAGAGAAUAA